AAUGUAGUUUCUACAUCCUGCAACGGUGGGUUGUUUUGGUUGUGUAUGAAUUCCGGAGUUUUGGGGUCUCAUCCAAUAAUUGCUGGGUUUAAUCCCUUUCGCCUUGAUGUACCUCCCAUCCGACUUGAUACUUCUCGACUCGCCAAGGGAAGCUGGAAUAUUUCGGUCUCACAAGGUGCUCUACACCUAAUAUCACUUGCUCCACCUACACUUUUGAGUGUUUGGAGACUGGAAGAAGACCGUAAAUCUUGGAGUAUGCAACAUAAAACUGUGUUGGGGAAGACAGUCAAAAUUUGCGACUAUGAACUUGAGGACUGUGAUGUAGCUGGUUUGCACCCAGAGAAGCCGCAUAUUGUCUUCUUCAAACAUCCUGGUUUUGGUGAUCGUCGGAGUGUUGCACUGUCCUACGAUAUGAAGACUGCACAGCUAGGGUUGUUUGGUGAGUUUGUUCCCAGAUUCCAGCCUAGGGUUUCUUGCUGGCCUACCCCGAUUCCAAGGUACGAGGAACUGCGAGCUAUAUACGAUGGGCGAUAUAGCUGUUGGGUUCAACAGAGCAGCAGCAAAGCAGCAACUCUCUCCCUGAACAAUCGUGUCUGGAUUGUCAAAGAGAGAAUUAUGCAGUGGCUGGAUUGUCAGAAAAAGAAUCUAUGCAGUGGCUGGUUUAAUUACUAGACCCCUCCCUCCCCAGCAUAUCGAGUUAGGAAGCAGAAGGCGGUGAAACUUGAAAGGCUAGCUCGUGUUGUUCAGAAGGAUGGCGCCAUUGGAUGAAAAUUCAUCUGCAAUUAGUCUUGCCUUGUUGGAAUGCAUGUGAUCAAUCUUAUUCAAGAUGACCAGAAAGCAAGAGUGACCAGUGUUCUUAACUUUCCCUGUACUAUUAUUGCCUGCGCCAUGGUUUUAGGCGCUGCAACUUGUUUAUGUAUCCAAAGUUUCUUUGUAAGAUGGUUAUUUAUUCAGCUGUCAUGGAAU